AAAGAGCUAUUUAAAGAGGUUUUUUGAAGGAAAUUUUUAUUAAAUCAUGGGGAAUAGUUAUUCCCAAGAGAAUUUGAGUCAUGCUAAGGACCCAUUAUUUCACAGUUUAAAUGAUAAAAAUGAAAAUUUUUCAGAGGAAUUAUUUAAGAAAGAUAUUACUCCUCAAAAAAACCGGAAUUCAGAUGUAGAAGAGUCAUCAUCUAGCGUUAAUUCAGAGACUGAUAGAGAACCUCUUAAUCUUGAUUCUUUAAAUGAUUUAAACAAGACAAUAAUUGAGGAUAAAGGACAUACCGUUCAAGAUAGUUCGAUUAUAUCGCCUAUUUCUGAAAAUAUUGAACAUGAACUUAAGCAGCAGAAUAGAGAAAAAUCGAUUCCUGUUUUUUUACAUUGGAAAGGUGAUCAUCAGAAUGUAUAUGUGACAGGAACAUUUACGGGCUGGGGAAAGAAAAUACCUUUAAAUAAGAGCGUAAAUGAUUUUACGGUGUUGAUUCAUCUUCCAAAAGGAACACAUAGAUUCAAGUUUUUAGUUGAUAACGAAUGGAAAUGUUCAGAUGAAUUAGCUACAGCUACAGAUUCUUCUGGAAAUCUUGUUAAUUAUAUAGAAGUCAAUGAUGCAUGUUUGUCAUCUAUGUUUCAAGCUGAUAAGCAAGCGUCUUUAACUGAACACCGUGCUACUAAGCCAGUAGAAACUUAUACAAAUAGGAUUCCAGCCCUAUAUGAUGAAGUAUUAGAAAAUAAUACAUAUCGAAUUUUCCAAGAAACGAGUGUACCACCUUCACUUCCGCCUCAUUUAGAAAAAGUGAUUUUAAAUUCUAAUUCGACUAUGAAGGAUGACCAAAGUGUUCUCCCAAAUCCAAAUCAUGUAGUUUUAAAUCAUUUGGCGGCAAGUUCAAUCCGUAAUGGUGUUUUUGCUGUGAGUGUAACAACAAGAUUUCGACAUAAAUAUGUUACAACAAUUUUAUAUAAAUCUAUCAACGUAUGAUGUUUCCAAACUAUGUUAUUUUUCAUGUUUUAUCAAUAAUUCUG